GCAGGAUGUCGUUCAAGAAAAGAAGGAGAUGGCAGAGAGCUAACCUGAAACCCAGGAGGAUGUCCUGCAGCAGGACAUGUCAGCAGGAUGACUCAGCCUCUCUAACUGUGCCCAGCCCCACCACAGAAGCAGACAAUACAGAAAGAAACACCGCUCGCCAAUGCUGCGUUUUGGGCUGCGAGGAAAGGGAACCUGGCUCUCCUCCAGCUGCUGCUCAACAGCGGGCGAGUAGACGUGGACUGCAAAGACAGCCUUGGCACAACAGCUCUGAUGGUAGCAUCUUACUAUGGCCACAUAGAUUGUGUACGGGAAUUGGUGUUGCAAGGAGCAGAUAUCAAUCUGCAGAGAGAGGUGCGACUCCUCUGUUCUUUGCUGCACAGCAAGGCCACAAUGAUGUAGUGAAGUUUCUCUUUGAAUUUGGAGCCUCCACUGAAUUUAAGAAUAAAGAUGGAGGUACUGCUCUUCUGGCUGCUUGUCAGUAUGGACAUGCAAAAGUAGUGGACACUCUGCUGAAGCACGGCGCCAACAUUCACGAUCAACUUUAUGAUGGAGCUUCUGCAAUUUUCCUGGCGGCACAAGGAGGGUAUCUGGAUGUCAUCCGACUGCUGCUUUCUUCAGGAGCAAAAGUGAACCAGCCACGGCAGGAUGGGACGGCUCCCUUGUGGAUUGCAUCGCAGAUGGGUCACAGUGAAGUGGUGCGAGUCAUGCUGCUGCGGGGAGCUGAGCGAGACGCCGCGCGCGACGACGGUACGACUGCUUUACUGAAGGCUGCCAUUAAGGGGUACAACAAUGUGAUAGAAGAGCUGCUGAAAUUCUCUCCCACGCUUGGCCUGCUGAAGAACGGGACCUCUGCUCUCCACGCGGCUGUCCUGAGUGGCAACGUGAGGACAGUGGCGCUGCUCCUUGAAGCAGGAGCAGACCCUUGCCUGAGGAACAAGGCAAACGAACUGCCAGCAGAACUAACAAAAAAUGAACGCAUCCUCCGACUCCUCCGUAUGAAGGAAAAGCAAAGGAAAAGCUAAUGCAGCCCUGCAGUAAAUGGGGUUUGACAGAGACGCGCACUGACCACAGCAGCAUGACAGUAACCCUCGGUUGCCUGAGAAGGGCUUGUUGGAACAGUUUGCAGAACUGAUUAGCCUCUCCAGUACACGCUCCCUGACCGCACGAGGCCCUUGCCACAGGGUGACCACGGGCUAGGACCUCUGCCUGGCAUGGCUGAGCGCAGAAGGACUGCGACGAGAGCGGGGUUUGGCCUGGGAGCUGUGUUUGUGCUGCAGCCCUGCCUGUACUCCAGGAUCCCACCGGUCCCAGCCCCCACGUUUGCUCCCCUGUGCCUGCAGCGCACACAUCCCCACACAAGCAAGGUGCUCCCACCGUUUCAGAUACGCGUCCCCACACCGGCAUGGCCACACACCUGUAACGGGUACCUCGGGGCACACGUGUGGGUGGGGAGCAGUCAGCCCUCGUGCCAAAAGAUGCCCAGAUCUCACAGCUGUUUGGAUGCAGUCAGUCCUGGAGCAGCCCCAUGGUGCUGCUGCUCUCCCUUUGCCAGCAGAGCUAGCUCAGACCAUUCCUCUCUACCUCCAAGUGCCACAUGGGGCUAGGGGUGACAUCCCAACAGGAAAAAUCUCCUGCUUUGGUAACAUUUUGGAUACGACAUGAAGCUCCAUAAAAAUGAUCCAGAGCGUUACAAAUUACGCCAAAAGCUACCAACCAAACAAUAAGCAAGGGGAUGUCCUCAGUGGUAGCAUCUUCACCUGUCAGUCAGGUGGUGGCACUUUAUGGUGCGUACACAGCGCUAUGGGGAUCCAUCCCCAACCCUACGGUCUACGUACAUGCAUUUUUGUGGACAGGGGAGGACCGGUUACUGAGCAAACCAACCAGGGCAUAUCACUCACUGGAGCAAGUUCACCAGAAAUUCAGCUGUCGGGCACAACAGCACAGAUGCUAUGCAAGUGGUAUACGUAUGUUCUGCACACGCAUAUAUGUGAAACUCUGGUUUAGUACCCACAGCUACUAUGCAAUGCACCCAUUCCCCAGCUUUGCGAUGGGCAUUAAGGGAGAAAUGCACAGUGUCCAGGUGUUUCAACAGCUGAUGAAAGGGUUACAGGUAGCCACACUCAAACUGGACCACUAAUUAACGUGGGCAUGGCAAAGGAGCGCUCAACAGCAAUUUUGGCCUUUGUUGUGGUUGAGAGGCUCAGACGUGCUACUAGUGCCUGUGUGGGGAAGGCAGUGCAAAUUGGAGAUGGUUUCUGAAGAGCUGUUUAACCAUGUUGCUGGAAGACACUCCAUUAAAACCCAGUCAUUUUUGCUGUAUAAACAGUAUAUAUACUAAGUCCUGGUAGCCACAAGAACAUUAGAGAAUAUUUUACAGUGAGUUGAGGUAUAGGGUUAAGUCAGUACAUAAAUCCAAGUACUUCACCUGCCUUCAAACCUUAACAAAUUAGUGAAAAAUUCUAUAAAAAGUUGAGGACAGAGAAGACUGUAAGGAAACAAAAUGUUCCCCCUUUAAAAAAUGUCUGCCUAGAAUUCAACUGAAUUGUUGCACUUUUGCUUCAGUGAGUUAAAAAAAAACACCAUUUAGUGAGCUAGCACAAAUGAAUGUCGUUUACUUAGUGCAAAUUAGCCAUAUAUAUUACCAAAUCAUAAAUUUAUUCUUUUUAUGAGUAAGUUAGGUAAGAAGUCAGGGUUCUGGUGAAGAGAACAGAAGUGGGCAUACCUUUGCUUGUGAGCUGGAAUUGCUGUACAAUUUCUAUUCAGCAUAAGAAAGGAAAGCUUUAAGUUUUCCAACAAUAUAAGAAGACACUAGGAAAAUCUAUUUGUUUAGGUAAUUCUUGCUGCUGUAUUUUUAAAUCAAAAUAAUGUUGUGCCUAACAGAAACUUGCAGACAAACUGGUACAGAACCAAAGAAUUAUGCAAGAUGCUUAGAGGAUGAUUGUAUCCAGGGUUAAAUUCUGCAAAAGACUAAAAAAUACUGAGCAUGCAGAAAUCUCAAGAGCCUUAUUGGGAACUUAAGUUGCACAGCAUUGCAUGGGACUUUAACAAGCAGCACUGAAGAGGAUAGGUUUAUCUGGAGCCCCCAGUGAGUUGAAGAUGAACAUACCGUUCUGGAGAAUGCUAGAGGGACUCUAGGCAGCCUGGCCUCAAUGUUGAUCUUUCUCCCUAAAAUUUCUUCAGGUCAACAGCUGGGAACAGCCACACUCUUUAAGAUGAAAAGCCCUUUCACGGUUGUAAAGGAAAAGGAUAAUCAUUAGAAGGUCUUCAGCAGUCAUGCUGGGUGAGCAGUAAAUACUCUUAAUAUCAGAAAGUCUGUAAUGAUCAAGCAGUCUUCCUAAAAAAUGUGGACCCUCACCAACAGUGAGGGUUUUUUUUCCUGACAGCAGAGCAUAGGAGAGAGGACAAGAAGUGGCAAGCCAACAGUGGUCCUGUGACAGCUGAAGUAAGCAAGCUGAGACAACGUGCAGAUGUCCAGUAUCUGCAGGUGGCCUCUCCUUUCUGCUAGGUGUGUUUUCUUGUGAGAGUGCUCUCACCCCAAAGUGGGCAGCUACUCACCAAAGAGCUUCUUGAACUCUGCCUGUCCAUGGGAAGAUGCAUGUCUGUUCCCCACCAUUUAGAGUAGCACUUUCCAAGUUGUGUGUCCAGCUGCCUCCGUGCCUGGCCACCACAGCAGGAACUCUUGUGCAACAAGCAAAGAACACGUGGGGUGCUGUAUCCCAUACAGAGCCCCUGCUGACCACCUUCUGAGAAGAUGCAGUUACCAGGUCCUCUUUUUUUGAGUGAUAUUGGGCUAUAACUGGCUUUUCUUCUUUCUAAAGAGAAUUUGAAAUGUGGGGCUUGCACAGGUUGAAGGGAGAGGAUUGUAGCUCCCUCCCUGCUCUCAUUAGGGCUGGCUGACAGGGCACACAGGCUGUGUGUGUGGAGGGGGAUGCUCCGUGGUGAAGAACUGGCAGUAAAGUCUCUCUCUUCCCCAUUCAGGCUGAAGUUGAAUCUAGCUUCAGUGAAGACGUUAUUCAGCCAACAUGGGAUUUUUAGGCAUGGAAGCAUUCUCGUUGGGAGCAUCUGUUUCCUCCCGGAGCAUUUGGAGAGAGGGCUGGUUUUAGUUUUGGGUUCCCUGUAAGCAAAAGGUGCUUAUUCUGCCUGCAGAUGGGCUCGGAAGCUGCAAUACUGUUUCUCACCAUGCAAUUAACCUUUUCACAAAGAAACCUUAAUAAUUCUUAGUAUUUAUGUAACUGCUGUUAUCUUUAAAGUGCUCAGUAAAUACUGCUGUGGUUUGUUUGUUGUUCUAAAAGGGAAACCUGUUGUCCCUUCCUGGCUGAAGUGAUUCACUAAUAUUGACAGUAGUUCUUUGCAUAGUUGUCGUGCCUUUUGUGCAAGGCUUUCCAAGUGCUCUGUGGACGCUAUUACCUUGGUAAGUUCCAAAAAUGCACUGCUGGGGGAGGCAGGAAAUAGAUGAUUUCCUUCACACACCAGUGAAAUGCAGCAGCUCUUCAGCAGUUCAUGUCAAUAGACAAGGGUAAAUUUGGACUAGAAAUGAAGGGGCACCAGAUCCAUUUGGUAGAUGGCAGGAGGAAGGUAGGUGAAAUAAUAUAAUAUAUAUAUAAUGACGUGAAAUAGAACUGGGACAGAAUAACACCCCAAAUUGGGUUUUGGGUUGGGUUUUGGGGUUUCUUUUACCCCAAAAGUGCCAUAUGCAUAUAUAUAUCCAUCUAACAUCCCCAAAAAAUCAGCUCCACCAGCACACUGCUUUUAGGCUUGGCUCUCUGCACAUUCAGAUGUGGGGGCCCUGCUUGCUGUCCUCUCCAUCUGGGAUUUAUGCAGGUGCUACAUCCUGGUGACUUCCCAUCAGCUGCAAGUGAGCACAGGGGAUGUGCAACCAAGAACAGGCUGCACAAAUAAGUCAAGGAAAAGCAUAGGGAUUUUAUUUCACUAGUAUCAAGCCAUUGUAGGAUGGGGAUGAACACAAGGAAAGGUCCACGGCAUAUGGAGAGAAGUGGCAUCCCGCCAGUGACAUGAGAGUGGUGCAGCCUCAGAGGUCCAAAAUACAUGGAGCAAUUAAUUAAAGAUGAUCGUUGCCGUGCAGUGUGCAGAGAUCUAUUUAGUAAUGAUACAAAAGGCAAUGUUGUACCUCCUGAUUUGCACAUGCUGUUCUUCCCUUGGAGCAAAACCAUCUCAUGAUUGAUCUACCCACCUUUGUUUAGUUUAGAAGAGCUGAGAGGAUUAGAGCACCAGAUCAAACACCUGCAGGUCACAUUUAAUGCACUUUAACAAUUACGAUUAUUUGCCUCAGAGUCAGAGCGUAAUUGCAAGAAUAAUUCAUGCUCUUUAUUCAGCCAGUCCUGGUGACUACUGGGAAAUCCAUAAGUCAACCGAAUUUCCUGUUGUCUCAGAAAUUUCAGAAUUGUUGUACAGAAAAUGAGGUAGCACAAACCCUGGCCCAUUUGUACUUCACUUAAUAGGAACACUGAACAGACAUAAAUUACCGCCUUUGUCUGGCACCCUUGAGCCAGUGGCAUUAAAAUGUUAACAUUUGCUAUGAGUCCAAACCAAGAUGAUGCACAAGGCUCUUUUUUUCCGGCAACAGAAUAUUGUACUGCACACAACGGGACUAAAUGGAGUUGUGCCUUCUCACAGCAUUCGGUCUUUGGGAAUGUCAUAAUAGUUUCAUACUUUUCUGAAUUCCACAGUUUGUUUUGAGCUGCCCUUUUAGGCAUUUGAUAAAACCUAUAUAAAUUUAUGUAACUCCAUGUAAGACUAACAGUCUGCAACAGGAAUGUUGCUUUGCUAGAACACAUUUUUCCAUACCAUCAUUUCAAUAAAAAAUAAUAUACUACUGGGAUUACCUUGUCUGCAUACUUCAGUAUUCCUUUCCUUUCUUCUGUAUUCUACUGAUUUUCUUUGUAGAAUAACAGAAUUAAUUUCCUACUUAUGUAAAGACCACUUUGCUCUAUUCUACUUGAUGAUUAGACUUUUAUUAUUUUCCAGGUCUUUACAGAUGAGAUAGCAUUCACAAAACAAAUAAAGCCAAUGCCAUGGCUUGAGAAACAGGAAAACUUAAUUUAGCAUAACAUAACAAGGUUUGUUUCAAAGAUCCAGACAUCACUGACAGACUCCCCUUAACAUUAACAUCCAUUAGGUCAGAUCUGAAGGGAAGAUUAUAAAAAGCAACUUAGGAACCAAAGGAAUAAGACUAUGGUUUUAUUCAGUGAGUCAAACAUGUCUUGGUUGUUCUGUUACUAUUCCUAAAUGUGAAACUGGUCCUUACACUGACCUACUUCAGUUUAAAAAACAAAAUGUCUACACCCUUCUGAUGUGCUUAUUAUGGUAUACAAUGGAUUAUGAACGCAAUAAAAGGGGAAAAGAG